ACUUUGAUUAUGAAAACAGGAAAUUUGAAACAGUGUUCUUAACUUGACAUCCACCGCUUGUUCGUGACACUGAGGAAAGUCUAAGAGCCACAAUGCUGGGGAGCGCCGUGAUCGUUUUGUUGUGUGUGGUGGAGACUUCAGUGGCUCUAACAGAUUCAUCGCUGGAUCUGCACUGGCAGCUGUGGAAGAAGACCCACAGCAAGGCCUAUAACAUCGAGGCAGAGGAUCUUAUGCGACGGGAGCUAUGGGAGAAGAAUCUGCAGCUAAUUUCUCUGCACAAUCUGGAAUCUUCCAUGGGACUACACACUUAUGAUCUGGCCAUGAACCACAUGGGAGACCUGACACCAGAGGAGAUUCUCCAGCAGUAUGCACUGACUCGUGUGCCCUCAGACCUGAGGAGGGACACCUCAGCAUUCGUGGGUGCACCUGGUGCCUCGGUCCCUGACUCCAUUGACUGGAGAGAGAAGGGCUAUGUCACCGGAGUGAAGAUGCAGGGUGCUUGUGGGUCCUGCUGGGCGUUCAGUGCCGUCGGGGCCCUGGAGGGCCAGCUGAUGAAGACCACGGGGACACUGGUGGACCUCAGCCCUCAGAACCUGGUGGACUGCUCAAGCAAGUACGGAAACAAGGGCUGCAAUGGUGGCUUCAUGCAUCAAGCGUGGCAGUACGUCAUUGACAACCAGGGCAUCGACUCAGAUGCUGCCUACCCAUACCAGGGAGUGCAAGGACAGUGCCAGUACAAGGCUGACCAGCGUGCUGCCAACUGCACAAGCUUCAAGUUUGUGACCGAGGACAGUGAGGACGCCCUGAAGGAAGCGUUGGCCACCAUUGGCCCCGUCUCUGUGGCCAUCGACGCCACUCGCCCUCAGUUCACCUUCUUCCGCAGUGGGGUGUACAAUGACGCCUCGUGCACUCAGAAGGUAAACCACGGAGUGCUUGCAGUGGGUUAUGGCUCCAUGGAGGGACAGGAUUACUGGCUGGUGAAGAACAGCUGGGGCGCGACUUUUGGAGACCAUGGGUACAUUCGCAUGGCACGGAACAAGAACAACCAGUGUGGCAUUGCAAAGUAUGCCUGCUACCCAAUCAUGUGAUCUACCACCUCAGUGAGAACUCACUAAAGGGAUCUUUUUUUCAUGCUCUUUGUACUUCAUUUGUCUUUCAUAGUCUUAACUGUAAAGUAAUGCCUAUAAAUCAUUAAGCGAGCUCUUUGUUAGAUACACAGUAUAUAUCCACUACACUUAAGGGCAGGUAUACUCCUGCAGACAUGGAUUCUCGCGAUGUGGACACAGACUCCAAAGCAAACUUGUUUUUCUGCUGUUGCAGAUGAGGCUCAGCGCACAUGUUCAAUCACUGAUCAGUGUUUGAAGUAAUAUCUCUAGGUCGUGUGGUUCUACAGCAGAGACUGUUAUUUCUUAUAGGUCUCUGCCCCUUCAUAACCAUUACUCCUCUGUCUAAAUAGCAAUUGCUACCUACCUUAAAAUACCAUUGCUGGUAAUUACUAAGUGAAGAGAGGGGGAGAGGUGAGAAUCAGAACAUUUAAUUAAAAUAAUUUCUUUCA